AUGGCUUCAACAGAUAGCGAAAACAAAGGCGACAACAUGACUUCAUCAGUUGAUCAACAGGCACCAUCAACUAAAAGUGUCCCAAUAUAUAAUGCUGCUUCAGCUCAUCAACAUUCUCAUGCAUGUAAUGAUCCAUCCCAUCAUCAUCAUUAUCCAUCGUUUUUUGAUGAAGCUGAUGAACAUUCAAAUGCAGCAGCUGCCAAAAACGAAAUGCUAAUGAAACGAAAGGCCAAGAAGAAUCAAAAACAAGAUGUGACACGUGCUGAAUCCAUCCCAGGUCAUCAAGGUGAUAAAAAUAUAGAUGAUUUGCUCAAUUUUAUUAAUGGACCAUCAUCAGCAAACAACAAUACAAAUAGUAAAAAGUCAAAAAAGAAGUCGACUACAAACAAUUAA